GUCCUCUGUGAUACUCCAGUAGACUGCCAAACUCUAAUUUGUGUGACUUGUUUGGUGAAUGUGUUGAGGCCGUCUGCCAGGGUUUCUGUACAAAAUCAUUAAUACUGGAAGGAUACAGUUGAGUGGUUGUGCACCGCCAGCCAAAAAAACUGGAGGAACAUUAUUGAUAAAGGGAGGUACACUCCUGUGGUAGAGCAUCAAACUUGUGUGAACAUCAGAAACUUGUGAAGGAAUACAUUGAUAAAACCAAUUAGACUGCCAUAUAGCUGAACCUUCAGACAAACAUUAGCCAGUGUGUUGCUGUCAGUCGUAACCUAGGGAUUCCUCAAGACUUCUGUCAAACUCGUACCUGGAAUUUUCUGUUAUUUAUAAACCUCAAGUGACUUUAGGAAGUGGUUAUAAUCGGCUAUCUAGUUAUAAUAGGAUAGGCACGCUGACUAAUCUGUUUUAUCUGGGAGAGUUGUUACUGGAGUUGGCUACGUUGUGUGUAGAAAGGUACAGAGGUAAAAGAUAAGUACAGCCAGUGAGGGGAAUCGGUGAGCUGGAGCAACACACGUGUGUGCGUGCGGAGUGUACGAAGUACGUACCCUAGUACCUACGAUCCAGACUGUUGAUAUUACUUCGCAAGUAUUUCUGGCCUUCUGGUAAUACUUUCUCCUGAUAGAAGACAUAUACACAUACGAGAGGGUAGAAUACCUGACUGGAUGGUAACAAUACUAAUGUAGUAGGUGUUGUAUUGCUACAUUUCAGCAGAGGAAGGCCAGUCUGUUCAACGGCGGUUCAGUGAGGGACAUAAAACAUUGGACAGAUUUCUUAGCCAGGAGGUGUAUUAAAUAGAACUUGGAUGCUUUAGAAAACUCUUUAGGACCGUGGACUGUAUUAAUUUGCUCGGAAUAGAAGAGAGAGAGAAAAAAAACUGACACCGUUACACUGUUAAAAGAUGUGAAGAGAUUUAAUCGUACCAAUGUGGGUUGAAGGCAAACAGUACAGAGGUUUGUCCAUAACCCCUUUUUACCAUUGACUGGCACACAAUUGAUUUCUAGGGUAGCUUUUCACUGUGUAUUGUAGCGAAAAGUGAAGCAAUCGUGAACGGAAUAGAAGGAUUUUUGUUUUGAAUAGAUCCGCUGCAAUCAUGCCGGGGAGUACCUCGGGCAGUGAAAGCUCUCCCCUGCUAUCAUUAUCACAAGUGAAAGGGAAGGGUGUGUAGUUUUUGGCUGCAGAAUACUUUUCUUAUCGUGCUCGUGUUGUGGUUUUUUUUUUUUUUUUUACAAGAAGUGGGAUUCUGUAGAGUUUGUUGUGAGACAGGAAAUUAAGGUCUAGAUUAUGGAGGAAUGGAUCACGUUCUGACAGGAUUCCAUGAAACACGUGUGUGGAUUUCUAAUAUUCUUGUUUCGUGCUAACAGAUUAUUUGUGCUGUAUAAAUGUUUAUAAAACAAUACAAAUUGUCAUCAUUUCCUGAGUGGAAGGUAGCAGUGCCAGAAAACCUAUUACAAUUCAUCUCUAGUGAUAUUUAAUUUUCAUCAGUUUUCGUUUUCAAUUUUGUGUUUUCAUUCCAAGGAGGACUUAAUCUUUUGUCGGGCUUUGUGUAUUUUUUUUCUAAAUAUCUAAUUUGUUUUAAGAUUUAUACAAUGGAAGAGUGAUACCUAUCUCAAUUGUGUUCGACAGGAGCAGAAGGAAACACAAUGAAUUAGUGCUCUUUUCGGAAAGGUUUACAAGCAAGUUUGGGAAUUAAAUCUAGCCAUCUUCUAAAGAAAAUUGUUCAUCAUGAUUGGAUUAACGUGGCUUGCACCACUAAUCUUCUUAACCGGGAGCAUCAGGGAAGUCGUUGCAGUGCAGUCUUUCCUAGAGACUCCAGCAGACACGCGUGUCGUCAAGGGCCGUAGCACCAUGCUAAACUGUUCUGUUGCUGAUCGUGUGGGAAGGGUCCAAUGGGCAAUGGACGACAUUUUAUUAGGGUUUGAUCUAAGUAUACCAGGUUACCCCCGCUAUUCCAUCGUGCAGACGUCCCCUGAGAGAUACAACCUUUAUAUUGUCAACACUACACUUUGGGAUGAUGCCACUUUUGAAUGUCAGGUGCUGCCGUCACAGGGGAAUCCCGCUCUUCAAGCUUCCGCCCACUUAACCAUAUUAGUGCCUCCAGAAAUGCCACAAAUAAUUGGCCAUCCCAAUGGCUCAAUGAUUAACAUUCGACAUACAGACCCAAUUGUACAGUUGACAUGCGAGGUGCGAAAUGCUCGUCCCGCAGCAAGUAUCACCUGGUACAAGAACGGGGUGGUGGUGACAGAGAAUGUAGAUUACAACGUGGAACAGAUUCCAGAUGAUAAGCGUGAGAAUGCCCACAACACUCUGACACUAACCCCUGACUUUCGUGUCAAGGAACACGGAGCUGUCUACACGUGUAAAGGCACAAAUGAGGCCAUCCGAGGCCAGUUCCUGGAGACAAGUGUCACUGUCAACGUCCAGUUCCCGCCAUCUAUUCCUGAGAUCACGGGGUACAGGCGAGGGCAGACAGUGCAACGAGGAGAUACUUUGAAUCUAGAAUGUGUGUCAAGGGGAGGGAACCCUCUGGCUCAGGUCGUCUGGUUUAAAAAUGAUGUCAAGAUUGAUUUCUCCUACUCUAGUUCCAACGAUCGUUCCACCAAUGAGCUGUCAUUUACAGUUGGGGCGUCAGAUAACAACGCUGUGUAUAGAUGUGAGGCGACAAAUGCUGCUACAGAGUACCCACUUACAGCACAAGUUCAAAUCGUAGUAUACUUUCCCCCACAAAAAGUUACAAUAUCUGGAAAUCGCCUAGCAACAGCUGGUGAAGAAGUGGAGCUCACCUGUGAAACGGCUAAUAGUAAUCCGGCAUCUGCUGUCACAUGGUUGGUAAGAGGUCGACAGAUAGCAGGGACACAAAAUCAUGUAGAGGAAUCGGAAGAUGGGGGAUACAUCACUAGGUCAAUAAUCAGAGUUACGCUGACAGAUCGGGAGGACCAAAUCGUAUACACCUGUCAAGCCAUGAAUGAUGGAUCUUCGCAGCCAGUUACCGAUACUGUCACUCUCAGUGUGUUGUACCCACCAGGAGCACCAGUGAUUUCAGGAUAUGAAGAAGGUGACUUUGUGAAAGCUGGUGAUGUCAAGAGGCUAACUUGCAGCUCAGCAGGGGGCAACCCAAUGGCUACAAUCAAAUGGUUCAAAGGUAACGAAUUGUUAGACUCCACUGAAAAGACACGUGGCAGUAUCGUUAGUUCAGAACUUACUUUAGUCGCAGCACCUGGUGACAACAACGCCAUCUAUAAAUGUACUGCAUCCAACGAGGCGACACCAACGCCCCUUCAGGUUCUGAAGAAGUUGAUCGUCUAUUUUGCCCCUGCCCAAGUGACACUGACAGCUGAUCCAUCGGAACCAAAGGCCGGUCAACGUCUCCGCCUUACAUGUCUCUCCGCCUCCAGUAACCCUCCGGCAGCCAUCAUGUGGGUCCGAGACAAUGUUUUACGACAGGGUGUGACCAUCAAUAAAUCUCCCUCCAGCAAUGGGGGGAUGACCACCACAAAUGUUCUGGACAUCACUCCAACGGCGGCUGACCACCGCGCUGAAUAUCACUGUCAGGCCACCAACCUGGUGAUCGGAGACAAAGUUAACGAUGCAAUAACACUUAGUGUACUGUUUGCCCCAGUGUUUGACCUGUCAAUGUCUCCGGCCACCAUUGAGAUCACGGAAGGGGACAGUCGGUCAGUGAAUCUUACGGCCACAGCCAACCCACCUAUCCUCAGCUACAAGUUCUACAGGGACGGGAUCAAGGUUAUUGUACCAGGAGAUGUCAACAGUUUUACCUUCGACAAUGGGGCGCUCCAGAUCACAAACGUCGAGCGAGGGGAUAUGGGGCAAUACAGUCUUGAAGCUCGCAAUGCUGAGGGCGCGUCAAAUUUCAACUUCACGCUAAACGUGCUGUAUGCUGCCUCGAUCACCACGAUCACCAGCCCUGUGGAGGAGGAGAUAGGUGGAGCAGCCUUCUUCGAAUGCAUUGCUGACGCCAACCCCAUCACCAACAACAUGAUUACGUGGUCACGAAGUGAUUUUGAUAUGUCCAAAACAAAACAAGCUUUUGAGAACAACAAAGGUCACCUGACUGUUUAUGAGUUGGAGAAGACGGACACUGGGACAUUCACAUGCACGGCUGAUAACCAGAUCGGACAACCCUCUGUGAUGGAGGCCAUUCUUGUUGUUAAAUUCCAGCCAAUCAUUGAUGAUUCUGCCCAGUACUCAAAGGCCGCAGGCGACCACGGGUCAACUGUCCAGCUGAUCUGUCUGGCAGAGGGUGCUCCAGAGGUCACCUUCAACUGGGUCAAGAGGGAUGGAGACAUGUCGAGUGGUAAAUACCACAUAGAGUCGGAUAAAGUGGACACUAUCAAGUACCGCAGUGUCGUCACAAUUUCUGACAUCUCGGAAAUGGAAUAUGGCACAUAUGUGUGUUCAGCCACCAAUGAGAAGGGUCAGGACACAUUUGAUAUAUCUGUGGAUGGCACCAGUCGACCAGAUCAGCCUGGUGAUUUGACUUUCAUAAAUGCCACACAUGACAUGCUGACCAUUUCCUGGAACCCCGGCUUUAAUGGCGGCCUUCCUCAAAGGUUCAAGGUCAGAUACAAGGAGAAGAAUCGGCCGGGAUACACACACAUUGACAUAACUCCCAUAGACAACCGCGUAACCACAGUUUUCGUCAUCAAAGGUCUAAGGCGAGACACAUCUUACCUUGUGGCAGUGUUGACCUCAAAUGACCUUGGACCAGCUGAAGGGUCACCUCCGGAGAUAGAGGUCAAGACAUCAGCAUCAGCUUUAAGUGGAGAGGCAGCUUCAACCAUACAGACAAGUGAUGACACACCCGUCAUUAUCAUCCUCGUCGUCUGUGUCGUUGGCAUAUUUCUGCUGGCACUCAACAUUGGACUCAUCCUUUUCUUUGUCAGAAGGAGGAAAAAGAGGCUUGAGAAUAACAGUGACACCACCAGUCACACUAACACGAUAGAGUUGUAUGGCCCUACCAAGGAAACUGCCCUCUAUCCUAUGACUCCCUCGGACGAUAGUCGUAGCUACGGCACCUACGAAAAAAAUAUGGAUGAUUUCUCUGAUGACUAUAAAAAUUUUGAGGAUGAAGACAUUAAGCGAGUUUUCCUACCUCCUCCUGGAUACAGCAGUAGAUCUUACACUCCAAACAAAAUGGACUCCCCGAAUCUAGGAAAUACUCAUAAAUCCUUCCUGACCGACACACGACCAUAUUUAGACGAUGAGCGACAGGCUGCUCAGUGGCAGUAUGAAGAUCCAUAUCGGAGUAGAAGCAAGGGCACAUUUGACAGUGAAUAUAUGAAUCCACUGCAAAACGGCAAUUCUCCGACUCAUUUCCACGAUUACAACGGCAGGCCAGAAACGAGACCCAAGAGUGUGACAGACUUCUCCGACCAACGUUCAAGUCGAUCAUCAAGUCGUAAUGGGCUGGGGACGACCCCUCCCCCUCCCCCACCCGUCCGAUCGUCGAGUAAGGGCGUGGCCAAUAACUACGGUCACUCCCCAAUUCCACCCCUUCCUGCCAGGAAUUAUGAUGUGGACGACCUUCCCCCUCCUCUAUAUGAUGAUACACCACAACCUAGAUAUGCUCCAGCCCCAGGUUCAACAGGGGGGAGAUACGUGAAUCCAAAUGUGAUAAGCAACCCCACAUAUGAGGGGCCCAGUGAAGGGGGCAGCAUGGCCCAACGCAAUCACAUACCAGUAGACGAUAUGAGAGGAGACCUGGUAUAGCAGUGAUAAUUUUCCCUUUGGCGUCCCUUGUGAGAGACUGGUUUUCAGCAUCUGAGGGAUAGUUUGUGUGAAAUCAAGAAAAAAGAUCUAUAGAUAUGUUUGUUAUUCCUUGUGAUAGAUAUGAAAGAGGCCAUCAAGGGAUUGACCAAUGACUUCAAGCACAGCCCUUGUUAAAAAUAUGUAAGCUGAAUUGAAGGGAUACCUGGUAUGACCAGUAGCACAUCUCCCAUUGGAGCCCCUUUUGGAAGUAAUGUGAGAGGCUAUGCAAGGGUACUUUUUAUAGAGCCAUUGUUGAAAAUACAUCGGUGUCCAUUUUGUAUCAUGUGAUUGACUGCAUCGGGUAAUUUGGUAUUUCGUGUGAUAAUUAUCCUUUUGGAGCCCCAUGUGGUGACAGGAAACUGGAUAAUUACUGAUACCGAAUCUUAAUCUGUCGUCCUCGAGAGGAGCCAUGUUUAUUUAAUUAUGUUCAAUGUACCUUUUUGAGAUUAACAGAGGUCACAAAUAUGAUAUGUAGAAAUUGACGUUUGAACAUUUUCAAAUCUCAACUACGAGACCCUGAGUUAAGGCUACAAAAACUAGCGACGAUGAAGGUGGUGCUUGUUGUGAAAUGAUAGACAUGUUUUACAGAAAGAGAAACAAAAUAGACGAAUACUUCUUUCAAGUUUCUCUCCUGAUUGGAGUUUGGCAAUAUCUCAAAUCGAGACAAACUGCAGUCUUUAAGUCUUGCUAUGAAUAUAUUUACCGAUUGGGAUUUUUUUGUUAAUUCAGCAUUUUGCUGAUGUUUUUACACAAAAUUUUCUUAAAAAGUAAGUUCUAUAUUAAAGAAAAAAAAUAUGCUGUGAGAGCUUACCAGCACAGAGUAGAGUUUGUACCAACAGGGACAAUCACUUAAACACAUAAAACUGUCCAAUGCUAAUAUCACUCUCAACGAAAUCCUUGUCACUUUCAGUUGCCAAAUACAGUAAAUCUGUAUGCCUUUUCUGUGAGAUUUAUCUCCCUUGCGAAUGAGAGUUAUCUCCCUUCCAAUAUAUUUGUCGUUGUAAUGAUGUUUUUGUUUUGCAAAGAGACUAAUUUGCAAUUAAAUCUUGUUUAGGUUGAUUUGGGAAGUUAAACAUGUAUGCAUGUUAAUGAGGAGAGUGUAUGUGUCAUGAAAGUCGAUUGUGAGUUAUAUAUAUCCUUUUGUGUGUGAGAGACAAACAAGACAAAUAUAUAUAAACCAAGAUAUUUAUGAUUUUGUAUAUAUGUGUAUAUAUAUUAAGGGAUAGCAAAAAUGAUAAGUUCUGGGAUGAAAGUCAGAGUUGGACUGAGUAUCUUAAGAGUAAAGUAUUAGUUUGACUAUGCAUUCAUUAAUGAGCAUUCAUUGGUCAAUGAACCCAGUUUUAUGUAAGUGAAAAUUCUUUGAGCUGAUCAAUGGAGAAAUAGUGUUACUGAAUGCAAAUAAAACAUCAGUUUUUAUUGCUUGUCGCCAUACCUAUACCAUGCUUUAAACUGGUUGUUAUUAUCAUACAAUUCUGUACAAAUUACAAGGCCAUGGUUUUACUUUUUAUAUUUUAUUUUUGUUUUCUUCUCUUUUUUCCUUCCUUGAAAUACAAUUGAAGAUCUUGCCACUAACACAGAGGAGUGUAGAUGAAAUCAGUGAAAAAUCAUAUUUAAAAAAAUUAAAUGCAUUCUCCAGAUUUUCAUUUAUCAAAACAUUGUGAGUGAAUGAACAGUAGUAUGAAAUAAGAUUUUGAUUUUAAUCUAGAGAUUAAAAAAAAAAAAAAGUUUUUUCUUGGGAAUAUCAUCAGGUCCUGAAGUGUGUAUGCAUUGCUAUUUAACAAGAUAAUUAUCAGCAGUUGAUCAACAAAUCUUAAUGUGAUGUGAAAGAUUUUAGAAAUGGAAAUAAAGACUAUCAAGUGUUAUUACUUAUUAACCAAAAUAGAAAACCUGAAAUAGUGUGAUCUCGUAAAAUUUUAGGGUCCCAACCUAUCAUAUUAACAUUUUUUGCGCCUCUUCAUCUGAAAAAAAUAAAAGUAUUGUACAAUUAUUAUUUCCAUCUGUAAUAAAUUGUCGAAACAGAGAUAUCGCAUUUUGACUGAAUAUGCAGGGAACUGCCAUGGAAUACUUGUAAAAGAGUCCGAUGUAUAUUUUGUUAGGAUGACCAUUUUGCUAUGCCUUUGGUGCCAAAUUAAUUUCUUUUUGUACUUACACAUGUUACAGAUGAAAACAUUUUCAUAAAACCACAUAUCUUAACUCUCAUUUAUAACCUUUCACUGACUGUGAAUAUUAAUAUGUGUAAGCAUGCAUUUCGUUUUAUACGUAAGUUUUAUCACCGUGUCAUUUUAAUUCCAUUUUUUGUGUUAAGAGUUUUGAAGAAUUUCAUAAACGAUUUCACAGCAUAAAAGAAAUCUUUGUUUGUUUUGUAAAGAAGACAUUUUUUAUCUGUAAAUUUUUUGUGAGAAUUUAUCCUCAGCCAUUCACAGGGUAGCUUCUUCCUUGGAUUAUCUCCCCUUAAUCAAGUCUCUCAACUUUGAAGCAAAGCUAUGUUUGGGUAACCAUUACACUAAACAGAAAUUCUUAAAAUUGUAGGAUUGUCAUCAAACUGUUGGAAAAUGUAAUAUAAUAAGGGCAAAAGUUUAAUAGCUCAUUUUCUCUGUGAAUUAUUUGAAAUAUAAUAUCAUCAGAAAAGUGAUAAUUCUGUUUUGAUCAUGUUUGUUUUUUGAAUGUUAAUUUGUGGAUUUAUCUUAUCUAAAUCAUCGAUUACUUUACAACAUUUAAAGGUUUUCUGAAAACCCAGCUUUAACAUUAAAAAAACCUGUCUGUAUCAGUUCAGUGUCAUCAUCUAGAACAUAUUUGAAUUAGAGUUUAUUUGAAAUGUCCAUGUUAUCUCAGGCCAUGAUUAGAAAUCCACCUUGUUUGUGAUGACCAUCUAUUUCAUGUGAUUGGAACACCAGACGAGUGACACUUAGGUGAGUGUGGAUGUGACUACACAGGACAAUUAUCUGUGUUAAAUUCUGGUUGUGACUGCAUUUGCUUAGUGCUUACUUGAAAAUCAUAACAUUGCUUAGCUUGUAGAGUUUACUGGACUUAUUUGAUCAUUUCAGGUUCCCCGAUCGGAAUACAUGAUAGUUUUAAAGAUUUCAGUGUUUAAUGCAAGUUUUUUGAAAUAGAUCAUUUUAAUCAAAAUGCUGUUUAACAUGUAGGCUGCCAGAUAGAGGAAGGUAAUUGUAUACUGACCUGUAGUGAUAUAGAGUUUUAUUCCAAGCAGUAUUAUGGUAAUGUACAAAGACCCCUCUUGUUUCAAACAUUUCAAAUCUCUACUAAUCUACCAUUGAAUUGUUUUAUUUGAAACGUUCCGGUCGAUUGAAUCUGUUUGAGUGGACGACCACUUUUCAAUGAUUUCAAGUAUGAUCUGGUAUUUACUUAGUAUUGAAGAAUGACUCGUGUAUCAGUAGCCUUGUGUGGAAUUUACCGGCCUGAUAGAUCUAGGAAAAUAACUACCCGCGAACACUGCCUCUGUUAAUUGAUAGUUUGUAGAAAAAUUGGUGUCCAACGCUGGAUGUGAUUCAUCUUGGUUUGAAUGCAAUUCAUUUUAUGUUGCCAUGUUGAUUUGUAAGAUACUUUGCUAUAGAUAAAUAUAUAUAUUUAUGUUACCGUGGAAAUGUGGUGUCUUGCCAGCCAUUGAGUGACAGAUUGAUCAAAAAAAACUCUGAUGAUUUCUAGAUAUUUCAAGUGUUUGUUUGAAUGUUGUUUUGAGAAGUUGCAAACUUGGUUCAUUUUCAUGUUUCAUAUCAGAGAGAAAAUAAACUUUUUUACGAAUGAUAUUGAAAA